UUUGAUAAACUUAUCUACCAUAAUCAGGCUUUUUGGCAAAAAUAACGAGCCCACACGGCACAAUGAAGAUCAUACACUCAAGUCAAGUUGUGACUUUGCCCGACGAAGUUAAAGUUAGUGUUAAAGGACGAGUGGUUACAGUUCGUGGGCCAAGAGGUGUCCUAAAAAAAAAUUUCAACCAUUUAAAGGUUGAGUUGACAAAAGUUGGUACCAACUCUGUAAAAGUUGACAAAUGGUUCGGAAACCGUAAGGAUCUCGCGUGCGUUCGUACGAUCUGCAGUCACAUCAACAACAUGGCCACUGGUGUCACCAAGGGUUACAGGUACAAGAUGAGAUCUGUAUACGCUCACUUUCCUAUCAACUGUAACAUCACAGAAGAAGGCAAGAAAAUUGAAAUCCGUAAUUUCCUCGGUGAAAAGUUUGUGCGAAGAGUUGACAUGAGGGCUGGUGUGAAAGUAGUCUCCUCUGCCAAGCAAAAGGAUGAACUUAUUUUAGAUGGAAAUGAUAUUGAAUUGGUUUCUUUAUCAGCUGCUCUCAUCCAGCAAUCCACCACCGUAAAGAACAAGGACAUCCGAAAGUUCUUGGACGGAAUCUACGUCUCACAGAAGACGACCAUAGUCGAAGACGAAGCCUUAUAAACCUCGUCUUAUUAAAAUCAAAAAUACACGAGAUUCCGCACUUUUAA